AUGAAUAUUGCUGUUCUCGGUCCGCCGGGAUGCGGCAAGGGAACCCAGGCCAAACUCCUGGCCGCCCAUUUCGGUCUCAAGCAUUUUUCUCUCGGAGAAACGCUGAGAAUGGAAGUGGGCAAGGGAACGGAAUUGGGGAAGAAGACUGCAGCCUAUCUGAAAGAGGGCAAGCUGGUUCCCGAGCCCAUCGUCCUGGACCUGUUCAGGGCAUACGUCAGCAGAAACGGUGAUCAAGGGCAUAUUCUGGACGGUUAUCCCCGCACCCUGGUUCAAGCCGAGGCGUUGGACACCAUCCUGAGCCUGUCGGCCGUGGUUCUCUUCGAGAUCACCGAGGAAGGCGUCCAGUCCCGCGUUGUCGGCCGGGUAGUCGACGCUCAAGGCCGGUCCUACAACCUGGACAGCAAUCGGCCUCCCGCGGGAGUCGAAACCAAGCGCCGGGACGACGACCGCCCCCAGGUCGUCCAGGAGCGUUUUCGGGGUUAUCUUGCGGAGGUUGAACCCAUCCUCAGUCACUACCGCAGGCGGGGAAUCCUGUUGAGGGUGAAUGCCGCCGGCACCAUCGGUUCGGUCCUGGAUCAACUGCUGGUCGGUCUGGGAAGGGCCGGGUAA